AUGUUCACUGGUAUUGUAGAGUGCAUAGGAACCGUUUUAGAAAAUAAUCCGUACGACGACACGGAAAGUGGAGGCCAAGGUGUUUCUAUCACUAUCGGCAACGCCGAAAGUAUUCUUUCUGACUGCCAUGUCGGAGAUUCGAUAGCUGUAAACGGAAUAUGUCUCACAGUGACCGAAUUUGAUAGUGCGUCUUUUAAAGUUGGGAUAUCGCCGGAGACUAGCAAGAGAACCAACGUCGCUUCCUGGGCCCAGGGAGCCAAAGUCAACUUGGAGAGAGCGGUGUCUCAAGACGUGAGGUUCGGUGGCCAUUAUGUGCAGGGACAUGUAGAUACUGUUGCCAAUAUUGUUUCAAGGGAACCUGAGGGAAACUCAAUUAUAUUUGGGUUUCAGUUAAGAGAUCAAGAGUAUUUCAAGUACAUAGUGGAAAAAGGGUUCAUUUGCAUUGACGGGACCUCUUUGACAGUAACGCAAGUUGACGAUCUUUCAGAGGGCGGUGCCUUUUAUAUCAGUAUGAUCAAGCACACCCAAGACAAUGUUAUCAUGCCUUUAAAGACAUUUGGUGACGAAGUCAACAUCGAGGUAGACUUGACGGGGAAGAUUAUUGAGAAGCAAAUCUUGCUGACUUUGGAAGAUCAAAUAUCAAAGAAGGAUAGCACUUUGAAUACCAUGAUCACGAAAAUUAUAGAAGAAAAUGUUAAAAACUAUCUAAGUAAAUAG